UCGUCUCCGGUCACGCCAGUCGAUAGGAACGGCAAGAAGAAAGUUUACGCUACUCGUGUGGACACGUGGAAAUUGCACGGCGAAAGGAAAGUCUGUCCUCAAUGCCAGAAGGAAGCUGUGCCAACGCUUCAUACGCGUGGCAACAAACUGACGACUUCACAUAUCGGAGCUCUUUGCCUUUUCGGAAAGCAGCGCGCUUUUGUAAAUCACAAAGGACGGAAUGCAAGCGGAGCGGGCCGUCGCAAAGUGGCAUGUUAUUCCCGUGGAUUCCGACACUGAAAGCAACCGAUGGUAAAGCUCACGCUCCGAAACGACCGAACAAUGUCUUCUCCACGAAAGUUGAAACAUGGAAAUAUCACGACGAAUCAAUACGUUGUCCUGCGUGUGGAGUGAAAAAGAUGCCGAUAAUACUACAACAACAAAAAUUCACGAGUUCUCGUCUGGUUGCAUUUUGCUUAAUGGGAUGUUGGCCCUUCUGCUUCAUACCGUUACUGAUGAGACGGGACAAAAGUGUGCGCACGCUAUGCCCGUGUUGCGGUCACGAUUAUGGGAUUUGUACGCGAGCAGAGAGCAAGCUGAUUCCCUGUUCACCCAAAUAUACGUCUAGUCGAGGGAAAUUGAACAAUUUUGCAAAUUCACGACUGUGUCAUCUUCAGACUGAGUGCGACUCGAAAAUACAAUCGAGAUAUCGCCAGAAAACACUUUCCAUGGAUGACGAGGCCGCGAGAGCUCUCAGGGUCUUGAAGGAGCGUCCUCGGCAAAGAGAAGAAAUAAAAGAAGGCGGAUCUCGUCACUGCCGGUCGCAAUCGAAGUUAUCGCACGGAUACGCCUUUUGUGCAAACCAGGUCACGAAUCGCGAUUCGUCGUACGACGAGUGUAGCAGUGACGAUUGCGUGGACAAAAGAUGGGAUCGUUGGCGCGACUUGAACAAGUCGAAAACUCCAAAAACUUGGGGACAAAGCAAAUCCAAAGAAAGCACGAGGAUGGCGACGGACGAUUUUUAUGCAAGACAGGUUUGCUGUCGGGAGUGCGGCUAAAACGAAUAAAGAGAUGGUCGAACGAACGAGGAACGGUGGACGAACAAAUGUAUUUGCACAUCGCUCGCGAAACGUGAACUGUUACUUCAUUAUUCCGUGUAAAUUCAAUUUUGCGGAAUUCCGUGGUAGGGAAGGUGAGUUCCCCGACGUAGAACUUAAAUGGAAACUUGCGGCACAAACAGUUUCACGCUGCGAGAGACACGAUUUGCGUUCCCGGCUGACUGACAAUUUCGUGGAGAACUUUACGAAACAAGACAAGACGAGACGAGACGCGACACGUCGUAUUAUUACUUUAUUAAUCACCGUUAACAGAUUUUUGAAUAUACGUUCCUUUUUCUGUCCUUUAGAACAACACUCGCUUUUCGUGAGAAC